AUGCAGUUUUUUUCUUAAAACUCUAAAUUUGAAGUUUUGAAAUUCCUAUUUGGAAAUCAAAAGAUUCUAUAUUUGAAAUUAUAUAAUUUUUUUUGAGAUGCUCUUAGGAAAAAAAGCGUCUGCUCAAUUGGUUAACUGAGGGAUAAAAUGCCUUAACAACCAGUUGGCGACUACCCAAAGUCUUCCUUGUAACGGAAACCCGGUAAAAACACAUUUCAACCAUCCAAUUUUAUAUGAGAUGAGGAAGAAUAAUUAUUCCCAGCAAUUAAAUAAAGAGAAUGACAUAGGAAAGAAUAAUUAUCACAACAAUAAAAACGGAAGAGAUUUGAGCUGUCUGAUAGGCCGAUUCCAUGUCCGAAGUCUAUGGAGGUUGUGUAAUAAAUAAUAAAAUUUAAAAAAUUAAAUUGAAAUGAUGCAAAAUAAAAUUAAUAAGGUAGAUGUGUCGGACGCGAGGUUGGUGAAAGUGACCAAAAACAUAAGACUUGGACGAGAAAUUUUCUUUUGUAGACGCUAGAGGAAGAUAACGGCUUCGUGGCCAUGGACUUCAUAGUCCAUACUAAUAAAUGUUUAUUUCAGUUUUUUUAUUUUAUUUGUGUGUGUUUUAAACUAAAAAUAUAUUUUAUUUUUUGUUGUGUGUUUUAAAUAAAUUUUCUUUUUUUCUUCUUCUUUAAUUUGAUCUAUUUAUUGAGUUUCAAUUUUUCGUAGACCGGAGCAGCCAACACAAAUCUUUUGAGGAGAAUCAAUGUGAGCCACUGAAUUCAAGAACCCAAAACAGAAUCAUGGCCAGAACUCUUAAACCAAUCAAAGUUUCAACUAAAAAUCUCAUCGUUUUUCAUGUUCAAGUUUCGCCGGGAGAAGUCUGCUCCUUUAGAAAAUAUUAAUUUUACAUAACAUGAGUCUCGUCUUACAAAAAUGCACGAGUUUUGGAAUCCAUAAUCUUUUUAAAAAACUUAUCACUCAAAUUCAGCAAAAUACAGAAGAGAAGCAAGAAAACAUAACAAUUACACCAUGGUAAUAAUAAGUCCUUCCUUCUCAAAAAGCUCACACGGCCAAUGAGGGGUGACUUGUAUAUAUAUGAAAUCAAACGAUCAUCCGGCAACACUUUUUGCUUUCUCAAACGCUUCUUUAUUACACUUUGGUUCCUCAAACAAAGUCUAACCUAGUUUAAUAUUUAUACUACUGAACGGAAAAACACAGCAUUGCAUAUAUUUGUCCAAAGCACUGAUUCCUUUUUUUUUAUAUACGAAAGCGAUCAUUAGCUAGUUUUGUUUCUGAAAAAUUAAUAUCGAUUGGAUUUGCAUAAGAGUGGUUUUGUCGCAACACUACAAACGAUUCCAAAGCCCACGUGCCUUAAACUCGUCUUGAUCCUUUUACACUUUCUACUGGUCUCUUAAUCGUCCACUGAUUAGUGGUUAUUUUAGUACAGUAUAAAUAUGAGUUUAAGUUUAGAGAAAUUGCAUCUAGUAGUUAAGAAAAAAACCAAAAUUCAGAAAAUGACUAAAAUCUCAUUCUCUCUCCCAUUCUUUCUUCCUAUCUCUCUCUACUCCCUCUCUUAAAAACUAAUUUUAGUUUUUUUUGUUAUUUCACAAAUAACCCCUUAAGUUUACGAUGAUAAUCUUUUUAUUUUUCUUUUCUUUUUACAAUGUAUAUUUUGGAACUAGUCUUCUUGUUAUUGAAACGAGCCCUCGUUCAUGGAAAUAAUCAUGUGGCUGCAAGUCUGGCUUAUUAUAUAAUCCACAAAAAAGUCUAUAUCCAUAUAGAAGGGGGCAUUUUAUUUAAUGGACUUCUAAUGGGCCAUUGUUUAUCUGUAUGUCUGAUUUGCUCAAUUUCGUUUAAACGGCCAUAUAUACUCUCUAUAAAACUACACUUAUUUUAUGUUUGGUCUGUUCUUCCCCUGUAAUGGUGCUUCCACACACAGUUGCAUCAUUUGUAGUUUUGAAGAAUGUGUCAUAACUAUAUUCCAAGUAAUUUUAGCGGUUCUCUUAAGUACAUAAUUAUAAAAGUACUUUAAAAAGUGUGGACAAAAGUAAAAUGAAAACUGAGCACAUUUUCUAUAAAAUAAAGCUUCACACAGCUAAGUAUGAUGUCUUUGUCAUUUUGGUAUUUUUGAGUGUUAUUUGUUUUGAACUUUCACAUUAAUUUGACGUUGGUGAAAUGCUUAAUUGCUUAUGUCCAUAACGUUUUGUAUCUUUAGUGUUUUCCAAAGAGGGGUCUACUAUGUACUUAUUAAGUCUGAGACAAGUGUACUCCCUACUCUUUUCGGUGUCAUUUAUUUUUACACAAAAUAAAUCACGCAAAAUAAUAUGAUUUUAGUAGUAUUAGGACUAAAUUGAAAUCUAAUUAUUCGUUUUCUCUUUUACACUAGUUUGUGUAGAAUGUUACUUUUGCACUAGAAGAAGUUUAAAUUUUUUAAUUUUGCAAUUACAUUGUGUGUUAUGUUUAGCAGUUUCCACGAUAGUAUAUAUUUCUAAACUACUUUGAUAUUUUUUAGUUUUUUUUUGAAAAGAAGGAAUAUGUUUAGAUAUAUAGGAACCGGAGCUUUGUAGUUAUCGGUUAAAAGAAUAAAUAAGAGAAGAGGCCGCUUUUCACGUGUUUCUCGACCACAAAUGUAUUCUGAAACAAAAGGUUCAGUGAACUUUGUUUUGUCUCUCGAGGAACCAACUUCGGGCCCCGCUCGUUCUGUAUGCGUGUACAUACUAGCUACCACAUGACUGACCCUCACAGACAUUCAUACUUGUAUUUUCCAGUAUUAACUCCACGUGACAGUCAAAACUUAAAAGGCCGAGUGAACGGAUAAUAUAGAAGAAAAAAAUUGGCGACUGCAUGUACAAAGAGAUUACAAGAUUUCACAGAACUUUAUUUUUUUUUGAAACUAUGAUUAGAUUUCAUAGAAUCUACGAGUGGGAUUAUGCAGUACAUAUCUUUUAUAAUCAGCGUAGCUUGACCAAUCUUUUUAUUUGCAAAGUAAAUUAGUAUUUACGUUUCAUAUGUUUUUGUUUUUAUAAGUAAUACUUUAUCAGUAACUAGUACGGUUAAUUUUCAAAACAAAAUAAGAUGUAUGAAGUAAAUUGUAUUUUGCUGGCUUUUAAUUGUUUUGCUUUUGUAUUCGAUUUAAUUUGACAUAUGAAUACCAUUUAACAAAAAAGUAGUUGAUUUGACAUCAAUUAUUUUGCUCAUUUGGCUAUUAGUCCAAAAACCUUAUAUUUUUCUUUACAAAUGGGUAGUUGACAAAAAAAUCUUAUAUUUUAUAUUAUUUGAUUUUUUUAUAGCUGUUUUAUAUUAAUAAGCCAUAAAAAGAAUUAUAAUUUGAAAGCGUUCACACCAGUCAAUCUAAGUGAUUAAUUUUUUAUAUUCCCCAAUCACGGAUGACCUUAUCCAUAUAUCUCUCUCUAAAACUCAUCUCUCUCUGUCGACUGGGUUUACACGAUCUUUGCUGCCAAAAAGAGAAGGGUCUCUCGAGACAAGUGUUAGGAUUACAAAGACAACACCAUCUUCCUCUUCUCGACACGACACGACCCUCCGUCAUGUCUCCUCCUUGCCACGUUUCAUCACUCUCUUCCACUAUAUAUACACACUUACACAUUUCCUCAUAUCUUUGCCUUAUCACUCACAAAAAAUCAUCAUAUAACAACUCAAUCGAGCUGUCAACAUCAGCAUAUGUCAUCCAUAGAGCCAAAGGUAAGGAUGGUUGGUGCAAACAAGAAACAACGAACGGUCAACGCUAGUUCGAGGAAAGGCUGUAUGAGAGGAAAAGGUGGACCUGAGAACGCGUCAUGCACUUACAAAGGCGUUAGACAACGCACUUGGGGAAAAUGGGUCGCUGAGAUCCGUGAGCCUAACCGAGGUGCUCGUCUUUGGCUAGGUACUUUCGAGACCUCCCGCGAGGCUGCCCUGGCUUAUGACUCCGCAGCUCGUAAGCUCUAUGGCCCCGAAGCUCACCUCAACCUUCCUGAGUCCUUAAGAAGCUACCCGGAAACAGCGUCGCCUGGGACACAAGUGUCCCAAACGCCAAGCAGCAACACCAGUGCAAAAAGCAGCGAGGAGUCGCCUAGGUUAUCCAACGAGAUGUCAUCGUGGGGAACAAGAUCGGAGAUAUCAUGGGAGCAUAUGAACGUUGAUUUGCCGGUAACAGAUGAUUCUUCUAUAUGGGAAGAAGCUACAAUGUCACUAGGGUUUCCAUGGGUUCAUGAAGGAAAUGAUGAUAUUUCUCUUUUUAAUAGUUGUAUAUCCGAUGGCUAUUCUAAUUGGGAUUCCUUUCAUUCACCACUUUGAGGUUCACUAAACUCUCUUAGUUAUUAAGACAUCAUAUACAAUAUACAUACACAAAGUCGUCAUUGUGAUAUAGAAAUAUGUGUAAAUAUACAUCCGCUCCGUGUAAAUUAUAUAUAUAUAUAUGUGUAUAUAUACAUGUGUGUUUGUCUGUAGUGUAAAAGCAGAUUCUUACCACGCCAAAAACAUAUAAGACGACAGUUGUUUAUCUCAAUACCAAAAUGUGUCAUGGGGAAAAUAUAAGUGCAAUGUAUCUGUUCUGUAAAGAAAACGUGAUGAUCUUACGUUGUGUAACGGUCAAUGUUAAGACUGCAUGUGUCUCUGUUUCCUGUGGGCUUUACUAUUAUAUUUUGUUUUGUUUGUUGUGUUGUAUCUUUCCAGUUGUGUUUAUCUUCGGCCUGUGUAUUUGGUCUCCACCUAAUAGUCGAUGCAAACGCCAAAUCUUGAAUCUACAUAGUCCACUAGCAUUUGGUUCCAUUCCAAACUCGCUUAUGCACAGCGUCUCUGGUUAUGAAGUAUAGUCAAUAAUUAAUGUUCUUAAUAAAUAUUCUGUAUAUUAAGGGAAUAAAAUAUGAUAUAUAAAAAACUAAUUCACUUUGAACAAUUGUUUAUUUGGAUUAAAUUCGGUUCAAGAUUUUGUAUAUCAGUUUUGAAUAUCCUGACAGUGAUCAAACGUAUAAACCAUAAAUGCAAAUUAUAACAUUCUUUUGAUGAUAGAAAAGCGAAAUAAAAACCACAAGAAAUGUAACAAAAGGGCACUAAUAUAACAUCAAAGUAUAAUAUAUUGAAAGGUCCAAAAGCCAAGCUUCCACAUAGUCUUCAUCAUCACCAUCAGGAUGAUUGUCAUCUUCACCACCAUCCUCAUGAACAAUGAUGUCUCAUCUACUUCUUUUCCCUCCUCAAAAACCUUUCUUAGGUAAUUAAUAUUAAGAAAAAAACUAAA